CUAGCCCCACCUUAAUCAGCGGCCCCGCAUAACAGAGAUGCACACCGCAAUACUCCAAGUCGGUAGUCGCCAUCCGGUGAUAGCCUCGAUCGCUGUUUCGACGGCGAACGCCACUGGUACGGUUCGUCGUAUCGCUUUUCGAUGGCGAGCACCACCCGUACGAUCCGUCGCACCGGCGACACCUCGACCCGAGGCGGCCGGGAUGAACAAAGCGACGGCCGGCGUCAACAUGGAGCCGGCCAACUACUCCCCGACGGAUCGCCUCCUCAGGCUUGCACCGGCGGCUGUGAUCCGUAUCUCCUUUUUUUUUUCCUUUGAGCGAGAAUGCAGCGAUCCGUAUUCGGCGUGCCUCGACCUUGGGCUUUGUAGCCCAGAUUUGCUGUACCCGCCUUCUCGGCCCGCACCGCAUCAACCGACAUGGACAGAUCCGCAAUGUGCACGGCCCACCUGUGAGCGGAAACUGAACCGUACAGACCCGAACCACACAACCGGUUCUGGGAGCGGAAACCUGAAACCUAGAUUUACAAUAGAGCCCUGGUUCGCUUACUUGUUCCAACUUACAGUUAUCCCCCUAAAGAAAACCUAAAAUUCUCCCAAGAAAACACGCGCAGCGGCGGCGACCUCCAGGCUUCGUCGCCGGCGACGCCCAAGGCUUCGCCACUGUCGGCUUUUGCUACGAAGGGUUUGGCGGCGGAAAGAAAGGCAGAGCAGCUCGGUGGCGGCGGCUUGAAGUCGGCGACGGCCUUCUUCUUCCAGGCUUUGCGGCGGAAAGAAACUGGGAGCAGCCCGGCGGCGGCGGCUGCAGCGUCAAGGAUUAGUUUCGGACGACAUCUGGAAAUCAGCCUUCUUCUUCUUUGGCAGCCUGAAGGAUUUGUUUCAGGCGACAUCGGGCUUAUUUGGCAGGAUCAAGGCUUUGUUUCAGGCGACUUCCCCCUUCUUCUUUGGCAGCCUCAAGAUCGGCCUUCUUCUUUGACAGCAUCAAGGACUCGUAGGCUGCUCUUAAUGUUCUUGCAAUUUUCUGUGCAAAAACUGCUUGAGGACGAACUGAGGAGAAACUGCAUGUUUGCAGAAGAUUAAUUGAGUUAAAAAACUGUUUGAUUGCUUUGGAUCACCUUAGUUAAAAAACUGCUAAGUUCACUUAAAACGUUAUCUAGUAUGGUGGUGCUGUUUGUGGCAGUUUUUACCAUUUCUCACUGUUGCAUGUUUUAGUACUUGAAUUAAAAAAUCUGUUUGUUUGCUUUUCUUCAACUGAAGUCCAAAACUGCUGGAUUCUCUUGAAAUGUUCUCUAGUGCCCUAUAUGUUCUUCUAUGAGUACAAAUGUACAAUUGUUGCUGUCUGUGGCAGUUUUUGGCAAUUUUUACUGUUGGUUGUUUAUCAUAUUGCAACUCUUUAUAUUGUAAUCACUAGUUACACGAGCAUCAUGGUACAGCCUUAUACUACGUUUCAAGUACUGUUUUUUUUGUAUAUUGACUUGUUUGCACGCAACACCUGCUCUAACUGCUCUUAACUUUCUCUGCAAUGCAGACACUUGUUAUUUGAGGAGGAAUCUCUUGUUUGCAGAGGACCAAUUGAGCUAACAACUGUCUGUUUGAUUUUGAUCAACCAGUCAUGUCUGACAGUCAGGUCCAGGCCAUAGAAGAACUUGAUGAGUUCUAUAAGGCGGUUGAUAGGGUACUGGUUGCCUCUACUGUGAAGAUUAUUGACGUAGCAAGAUAUGAUGUCAUUCCAAACUUUGACAUCAGUGAGACCCCUACGCGAAGGGAGCUUGGUCGAUUGUUCAACAGGCGGAACAGUCACUUCAAGUCCAUAGCGUCAUUGAACAUCCAGUAUGACAAACUCUCUGGCCAAAACGAUGAGAUCCCAGUGACUCCAGUGUACCCUCUUGAUGACGAGUUUCACACAUUUCACACUGUUACCAUCCGGGGCAGAGGUGUGACACUUGUGGUUCUAGUACGGGAUUCAGAUAACUACGUCCUUGCAGUCAAAGUGUAUUUAACUGAAGAAGAGUCCCGUGUUGCUCCUUGGUUUCUCUUUGAAGGUGUGAAACUUCCAAGCAGGUUCAAGAAUGUUGUGCCAACAAACUAUAGUUUUGGUCAUGACUACAAGGGUGAGAUUAAAUUUGGUAAAAAUGUCUUACCUAAACUGAUGGAUUUUAUGGUCCAGCUCCGACUUGAUCCAGGACAGACAGCCACUGACAAAAACAAUCUCUUGCUGGGCGCUUUGUUCGUGUUGCUAGGUGAAGCUCAGCAGUUCAGGCGGGUUAGGAAUUGGACCAUGCGGACUCUGAGAUGCAUUGAACCUAAACCCGUUCCAAAGUGCCUUAGUUUGUUAUUCCAAUCUUGGUCGGAUAUAUCGAAAACCAUUUUUCACUUUGUGUUGGGAUUGGAAAGCAUGCGCCUGAUUGCACCACAGACGAAAUCCUUGGAUCUAGAAGAGAACUACUUCAUGAUGAAAGCUCUAGAAGAAUGGGAAAACAGCAGAAGAGUACACAAUGAUAUGAAACAGUGUGGAUUAAAGUACAGAAACAGUGAAGGAGAGAUCUCGCUUGGUUGUCUCCUUGGUGGUGAAUUGCUGUUAUUGCGGCAUGAUCCGAUAUUGUGCACCAAAAUUUUGAUGAGAAGACAAGACUUUGCGGGCGAUGUUAAUCUCUGUAAGAUUGUUGUUUCUUACAAAAUGCCACAGCUUCCAGAGCCAGAGCAGCAAGUGCCACCGCAGGAAGAGCCUCAGCAUCAAGUGCCACCGCAGGAAGAGCCUCAGCAAGAAGUGCCACCGCAGGAAGAGCCUCAGCAGCAGGUGCCACAACUUCCAGAGCCACAGUAGCAAGAGCCUCAGCAGCAGGUGCCGCAACUUCCAGAGCCACAGCAGCAAGUUGUACAGCUGCCAGAGCCACAGCAGGAUGGCCAGGUGCAGAGCAGUA